AUAAUAAGAGAAGAAGAGGGCGGACUCCCUAUAAGUCCCGUGGUUUUUAUCCUUCACAUCGAAGGGGUUUUCCACGUAUAAAAAUCGUGUGUCGUUUGCAUCUUUGUUCUUCAUAUUUGGUUGUGGUUUAUUUGAUGUGUUGCUGAUUUUAUGUGCUUGGUUAAUCAAUAGUGGUGAAUUGGGUUAAGUGUUUGGUUGGUUGUCUUGAAGUUGAUCCUUGUAGGUGGUGCAUCCUACUUGUUGCUUCUCCCCCAACAAUUACGAUAUUUAAUUAUAGGAAAUAAAGAAACCCUCAUUAAGUCUUAAACCCACCUUAUAAGUAGUAAGAAUACCCUAACAAGUCAUACCUAGCCACCUAAUAAUUAAAUCUCUCUUUUACCUUGUUUGUGUUCUUCCAAUCACAUCACACACACACACACACACCAAAAUAAAGUAAAAGGAAAAGAAAUGGAAGACCAAUGCAUACCUUUUGCCUUGCCUUUCUUCUUCCAAGAAGAGGGAAUUGAGGAGCUUAAGCAGUCUCUGUUCUACACAACAAUGGAGCUGGAGAACACCAUUGUUUGUGCCCAUGAUGAGAUUUCCAAGAAGGAUCAAGAAAUCUUGCACCUCAAGAAUCUCCUCGCAGAAAUUGUCAAGGAAAGAGAUGAAUUUGUAGAGAAAUGGAGGAUUUUGGGGUUCGAGAAAGCCCUUCUCCUUCAACAGGUGAACAGGCAUUUUCACAAACACCUGGUGGGCGUUGCAGAUGCCGACAGCAACAGUGAAGAUCAGAGAACACUUUCUUCCUCCGAUUCCGACGGCGUGGUUUUCCAGCCCCUGCCGGCGUCCGUCGCUGCGGAUGAGGUGUUGCCCAAAAUGCCCCUGCCGGAAAAUGGGAAAUUCUUGAAAGCGGUGGUGGAAGCUGGGCCGCUACUCCAAACACUUCUUCUGGCCGGACCACUGCCUGAUUGGCAACGCCCGCCGCCUCAGCUCGACAUCCCGCCGGUGACAAUGUCCCCUGCCGUCUCCACGCCGCCGCAUCGGAUCCACCAGGAAUCCGUUCUCUGCGCCGGCGAAGCCAAGAAGAGGGCGGCAAAUGGUGCUCGUGACACCUCUUCAUCCCCCUCAAAGUACCAAAGAGUAUUUCCAUCCACCGCCAUUAUCUCUACUAGUUAGUGCUUGGCCAUGAACUUAUUAUCUCU